AUGAAAAGAGCUCGCAACCAUGCUGAGGCGGUGGAAAAACUUGGGCGCUUUUUGGCGAUAGGCGCACAAGCAUAUGAGCCCGGUGGAUUUUCACUUGAUCGUUUGAUGUGGGAGAGGCUUUUUGAUGAACUUGAAGAUACGAACGUGGGUUCUGGCAUAGACUCUCUUCACGCUGAUGGACUUUCUGCCCAUGCCCAGGUUAUGGCACUGAAACAUUACCACCGGAUCUUUGCCACGGCGUCUAGCUUAGUUCCGCUCUCUUUACAGCGGUGGGAACAGUGGAAGAAAGGACUUUCUACACUUUGCUUGGAACCCGCCUCUCAUGCUUUAUCUUCUGGCGAGGGUAGGCUGAGAACUUCGAGUUUCUUGGUCUCUGAGAAGCGCCAGGCUCUUUUACUUGCACGUGAUAAAGCAUUUACUGUAAAUCAUUGGGGCACUACAUGGAGUGCAAAGGUACAACUUAUGAAUAUCGAGAAAGAGUGCAGGGACCACUCGACCAGAAGCUUAGUUGAGGGUGAGGAGGCUAACUAUGAGACGAAGAUUAUCUCAGAUGAUAAUUUUAGGGGAGACGAAUCGCACUCGGGAGACAUGCUCGCAAGGCUAACGAGGUUAAAUUUUUCUAUUUUACAUGGGUUCAGCCUCCUUCGUUUUCAAUCCGAGCACCUGUAUUCCAUAUAUGCCUCUAUUGGUGUGGUGGAGCGCAGCUGGCUACUAGAUAAGCUCUUGGCUAAUUGCGAGGGGAGCGCUGAUGAGUAUGAGGCUGCUUUGGAAUCGAUAGUUCGACAGAGUUUUAAACGUGACUUUAUAAUUCCCUCUUGUGACAUUGCGAAUGGCUCCCUAUUGAAGCAGUACUGUGACUUCGAGGUGGAUAAAAAAAGGAGAGGGAACUCAUGA